AUGUCGCGGCUGUUGAAGCACUACGGCGCCUGCAAGACGGCAUUCUUCUGCUGCGAUAUUCAGCAGAAGUUGGUGGGACACGUGACAAACCUCGACAACUGUGUUUUGGUUUCCAACCGCUUCGCUGCAUUCCACACCAUCCUGGGCACCUCGCAGAGCCUGUACGUUGUGGCAGAGCAGUACCCGAAGGGCCUGGGGCCGACGGCUGCAGGCAUCAAACUUCCCCCGGACGCACACGUCUUCUCCAAGCUGCAGAGCUCCAUGUUGGUGCCGGAUGUGAUGGCCAUGAUUAAUGUGCCGGAGGUGGAGCAGAUUGUACUUUGGGGUUGCGAGACGCACGUGUGUGUGCUGCAUACCGCCGCGGCUCUGCUGGACCUGAAAAAGAAGGUCGCCGUUGCGCUGGAUGGCUGCGGAAGCCGGAGGGAUGGGGAACACGCCGCUGCUGUUGAGUGGAUGCGGUCGUGGUCACGCGAUGGGUGCCAAGUGUCCACGUCAGAGUCCAUCCUGAUGCAGCUGACGCAGGGCGCGGCGGACCCCCUGUUCAAGCCCGUCAUGGCGCUCCUGAAGCAGAACCAUUCGAUGCCUUUCUGA